AUGCUGAAGGCCAGCCACAGUGACAAGAUGGACAAAGUCUCCAACAAUUCUGAGCUGUCUGAUGACAGUGGAGUGGUUGAUUGGAUCGAUCAGAAGAGCAUUGUGGAAGAGAACAAGCACAAACUGGAAAGCCAGGUGGGCUGUGAUGUCACGUUUGUGAUAGGAGACAAGAAGGAACAUAUACAGGCACACAAGUCCAUUCUGGUGCAGCAAAGUUCAGUGUUCAAAAAUAUGUUUCAUGGGCCUGAUGGCAAGAAGCAGGAGCAUCAUAUACCAGACAUCUGUGCUGACAGCUUUUGGGAGCUUCUUAGACAUGUUUACUGCGGUGAUGAGAAGCUGCAAGUCUCCAAUGUUGUUGGCAUUUUACACGCUGCGGAUCGUUUUGAUUUAAUCCGACUUCGCCAGGCAUGCCUUCAGUUCCUUCAGGAUUGUUUAGAGGUGAACAAUGCUUGCUACCUGCUGGUUGAGGCCAGGAAGUAUGGCUUCUCGGAGCAGGAGAAGAUCAUCCUGUCGUUUAUCAGGAAAAACCACAAUGAUGUCAUCAAAACCCGAGGCAUGGAUAUAUUGACCAGGGAGCUUCUCAACGAGGUGUUGACCUUACCAGGUGUUACUGUCGAUGAAUCCUUGAAGAAGGAAGUAGUGGACAAAUGGGCAAUCAACUUCUGUGAGGAGAAGAAGCAGGAGGUGACCGAAGAAAACAUCAUGGACUCUCUCCAGGACUGUCUUUAUGUAUAUCGUGAUGACUCAGUCAGCCACCGGUAUGUAAUGGAUAGUGUCACCUCAAGGAAUUUAUUUGAAGAUCGUGAGGAGCCAACAGAAGCACUGCCACCGGAAAUCAUGACGUCAAAAACGGACGACAUUGAUGGCAUGUCCACCAUCUCCUCUGUAUCAAGCCUGAGGUCGAGGUCGUCGGUUCACACCUACAGACGACUUCCCAGUACAAACAUGUGGGCAGAUGUUGAGCAGGUCACCCGACUGCAAGAACUGUACAAAUCAGACAUAAACGAUGCCACUCAUCCAGAUGCAAUCUCCUUCACGGUUGACCGCAACCUCUACCUGUAUGGUUUCAGCAUUUACGGCCCCAAGAAGCAGGGAGAGGGCAAAUACCAGGUGGACACCAUUCUCUAUCGCAAGAAGAAGGAGGUCGUCAUGGAGACCAUUCACAUCAAAGGGGCCGGCGUCAUCUUGCCAGUCAUGUUUGAGCGACCUGUCAAGGUUGACCGUGACUAUUGCUACACCCUGGAGGUCUACAUCAAAGGGCCUGAGUCACACAUGGGGGCCAGCGGUCAGACUCUGGUCCAGCAUGGACCGGUCUUGUUCACGUUUAGCAAUGCCAAAGUCAAAAGAAACAGAACAGAUCUUAGCAGAGGGCAGAUCCCUCGACUGUACUUCUUGCUGCGGCAGAAAUAA